GAGAACGAGGUGAGGACCAUCGCAUCAGUCUCUGAGGAUGGCCUGGAGGUCACACUGACAGAGGCACUGGAGCACACCCACCUCUCCAUCACCCAGACUCUUGGGGGACACACAGUGGAGACACGUGCAGAGGUGGGACUCCUCACCCACAAUGUCAAGAUCCAGGGAAAUGUUGGCACUGACUUCAGUGUGGCUAUUGAGGGCUGUGACACUGCUUUUAGGCCUGACCACCCAGUCAUGUUUCAAUGGUCGACAUGGAGACGAGAUUGGCGGUGACCAAUUUGGCGCCACCGUGAUACUGUCUGGAAAGUUCCCUGACCUGGACUUGGUGAUGGGACGCAUUGAGUACGUGGAGGUGACCAAGGCUGGUCAGGCAUUCCAACUUGGGCGGUACCCACUCCACUUCCACCUGGCUGGGGACAUGGGUGGUUCGUACAUCCGCGGGUGCUCCAUCCACCACACCUACAACCGCGCAGUGACAAUGCACGCAACAAACAACCUGCUGGUGGAACAUAAUGUGGCGUACAACAACAUGGGUCACGCUAUCUUCACAGAGGAUGGGGUGGAGCAGAACAGUGUGGUGCAGUACAACCUUGCAGUCUACACCAGGACCUCCUCUUCCCUUCUUAAUGUGGAUGUGACACGCUCCUCAUUCUGGGUGGUGAACCCAAACAACAUUUUCCGUCACAAUGCAGCUGCCAGUGGAACACACUUUGGUUACUGGUACAGGCUGGACCACCACCCCUCGGGCCCAUCCACCACCAACAUCUACUGCCAGAACACUGAACAGAUGGGACUCUUCUUCAAUAACACUGCACAUUCCAUGGGAAGGUAUGGUCUGUGGGUGUUCUCCAAUCCAGGAUAUCACCCAAAGUCUGACAUCUGUGGAGGCAGGGACGUGGUGGCCAAGUGGGAAAGCUUCACCGCGUGGCACUGUGAGCGGGGUGCCGAGGCAGUAUCUGGCACUAAGCUGCAGUUCCACAACUUUGUGAUGCUUGAUAACCAACAGGCUGGCAUGGAGAUGGUGUCUGUGAAGGGAGGGUUCGGACAGGAUGACAGCCCUGGCAUCUUCAAUUCCCUGGUGGUGUGUCACUUGGCCCUCAACUCCAGUGCCUGCACCUCAGGAACCAGUGGUAUUGUGGCGCCCAAGACCCAGAUCUUUAGUAUCUCCAAUGUCACAUUUGUUAACUUUGAUGAGGGUGGAAGUGCUGCGCUGUCUGGCUGUUCUCAGUGCAGGAACUACCAGGGAGGCUACAGGGCCCAGGUUAAAGGUCUGGCCUUUGAGAAUUCACCCAACAAGAUCAGGUUUCAGUGGGAACACGAGACAAUCUGGAUAGACGCUGAUGGCUCUCUGACGGGCGAACCGGAGGCGAAUGUUGUUCCCACAAUGGGCAUCUUACCAACUGAUUCCUGCACUCAAGAAGCAGCAUUCUCUGUCACCAAGAAUGUGCCAGGAUCAGUUUGCCGAGGGGCCAUGAAAUUCCUGCGAGUGGCCGUCACCAAUCCGAGCCCUUCCUCACUGCUUGGCAAGGACCUGGUGGUAAGCAACGACUUCGGCGCCACCCACAUCCCUUACCUCAUGCUCCAUAUUGGUGGUGCUGGCUGGAUGGGGCUUGUCUACACUGGUGCCACCUUUGACUUCAACUUUGAAAAUGCUAAUCAGUUCGUCAACAUGUCAUACAAGACUAACACAAAAUUCAUGACAAGAAAUGACCACUAUUUUGUGAAACACACACUCACCCAGACACCUGACAGAAUUGAGACGACCAAGGGUGAGAGGGAGAGCCUGGAGUCCCUGCCUGACCCCACCACAAACAUUCAUGGGGACUUCUACUGGGACACAGACUCAAAGGAACUCACGUACAUGGUGUCGCACAGUAAAAAGACUACAAAAAGGCAUGGCAACAUGGUCUUUGAUGACCGGGUUCCUGGUCAAUCAAGGCAGAUCAGUUUCAGUGUGUAUAAGUGUCAGCACAAAGGAUGUUCUGCGCCUGACCCUAGACCAGUCCCCACAACACAUCCAGACGCACCUUUCCGCUGGUCUGAUGUGGAGACGUGGAAGCAUAUGCCAGUCAGUACUGGUGGCCACCCAACAGAGGCAGAAUACAGCCUGCCCGUGGAGGGAGAUGAGAUUGUGAUUCCUGAGAGCAUGUGGCUCGUUGUGGACACGGCCACACUCAAGCUUGGCCGUGUCUUUGUGUAUGGCACCAUUGAGUUUGAUGACACGAUGGACCACAGAUUUGAGGCCACCAUUAUUUACAUCCAGGGAGGCUCUUUAGUGGCUGGCUACUCCUCAGACACUCCCUUCACCCACAGUCUCAUCAUUCGCCUGAUGGACCCUGAAGAUGUUGAUGCCUAUAGCAUGAACCUGGGCUGGAAAACUAUAGGUGUGUUUGGCUAUCUCAGGCUGCAUGGGCAGGUGUGCGGGAGAUCAUGGCACAAGCUUGGGGCCACAGUGGAGGUUGGGACCGGCCACAUAACUCUGGCCGAGGAUCCUGAUGCUUCCUGGCUCAAUAAGGAGGUGGGUGUGACAACAACAGGAAAAGAGGCAACAGAGAGCGAAGUGAGGCGAGUGGUAGCAAUCAAUGGUGCCACACUCACCCUAGACUCAGCACUCAAAUUCCAGCACCUUGGGGAGAUACACACGCUGUCAGACGGCACUUCCAUCACACUGGCUGGGGAGGUCGGUCUCCUGAGCCAGAACAUUACGGUGGAAGGAAUCACGGAGAACAGCAACGGGGGAAGAAUUCUGGUCUCCACAGUCUUCCAGAAUGGCAAGCAUUAUGUUGGUUCGGCCCAAGUGGAUGGCGUGGAGUUCCGUAACAUGGGGCAGGAAGGCUUCACCGACAUCACUGACCCACGCUACUCCAUUGCCUUCCUGGGCCUUGAUGCCAUUGGUGACCAUUCUAGCUACGUCAAGAGGUCAUCAUUCAAUGUCAACUAUAAUGUGGCUGUUGGGCUCAUCAAGACCUUGAACAUGGUAGUGGAGGAGAACGUUAUCUAUCAUGUGCUGGAUUCAGGCAUAAGAGACGAGACAGGCUCCAACACCUACAGGUGGAACCUCAUCACAACUGUGUUCUUCCUGGGGACUUAUGAAGACAGACAGGAAACAGAGAACUUGAAUUGGAGUGGUGCCUUUCAGCUGGACAAUGCACCCAACACUGUACUGACUGGCAAUGUUGUUGCUGGUGCAGAACAGGCUGGCUACAAGACCCUUGGAGAGCUGUGCAAGGACACAACUUGGUGGAUGGGGAAUGAAGUGCACAAUGCAAUUUAUGGAGUCAUGCUAUGGAAGAAGGGAGGCACGGGGCCACUGACAGACUGCUGCAGACUCAACAACUUCUACACCUGGAGAAUCUCAGACACAGGCUUCUAUGUCCAGCACUAUGCCAGCUCCCUCAUCACUAAUGUUGUCUCCAUGGACAGUCCCCUGGGAGCAAUGCAGAUCAUCUAUGAGCCAGAUUCACUGAGUCACAAGUUCCACCCCAAGACAGCCAAUGCCAGUCACUCCCUGUUUGUGGGUGUCUCCCCAUCACACACUUGUGAAUAUCAGGCAUCCAAGUCCCGGAUAAUGAAGUUCUAUGGAGAUAAAUUUUUUGGCGGAGGCGUCGGCGGAGGAAACACUGGCAUCCUCUUAGCAUCAUUCACCUCUGGAUCUAAUAUGGCACCUCUCAUGACCUUCAGUAACGCUGGCACUUACCCAGCACUCUACGGCUCCACACACUUUGAGGGUCUCACGUUCCACAACUUCCGUGACACCGACUGCGGGCGAGGCACUGCUCUCAUGGUGAACCCUCAGUCAGAGGACGCCAACCACCCCACGUUUGUCAAGUGUCUCUUGUUCCUCAACACACCACAGGAGAACUACAUGUACAUUCCUAGGCCCAACUUGAGCAGCAUUGAUCCGUCAGAGUGUGUGGAUACGGACUGUGAUGGACUAAAGAAGGUGGUGGUGACGGAUGUUGAUGGAUCUCUGCUGGGUGAAAAGGAUGCCACAGUAAUCUCUCAGGCUGACUGGGAGUGGGACGGAGAUCCUCGGAGGGGCAUUGGAGAUUACCGCAUUCCUCUUCCAAUCAGACAGAAUCCUGACGGAUCCCAGAUUGAGGCAGCUGACAAGUUUCCGAAUAAAGGCAUUGUCCGUGAUACUUCCUGUGCUGUGGUUCCAUCGUGGCAGGCAUGGAAGUGCUUCUCGCUGCGUUGCCGCCUCAUGAUCAUUGAGAGCAUAGACACAGACACAGAGGUGCGGCGCCUCUCCCCCAUCGCCCUCAUUGCCAACCCUGCAGCCGCAGCCUUCCCCGGCAGCUGCACCAUCCCAGGCAGGCAGGUCGGUGCGGCCACGGGAACUAUGCCACAAAAUCUUAAAAGAACAUAAGGCAAGAUGCAAGAAGCCAGUACAGCAGCACAUGGCAGCCCCUUUAUAAAAAUGUAUUUAUCCUUAUCAGUCUAUAUUCUCUAUCCAUAGAUUUAUCUAAUAUUCUUUUAAAGUUUCCCAUUGAUUCUGCUCUAACGACCUGACCAUUGAGUUUAUUCCAUUCACUUGUCACUUUACUGGUACUGCAUUUGAAAACCAACCCCUUCGCGUAUUUAAGAACCAAUUCUCUUUUACCUGAAGUUCAAGCAAAUGACAUCAUAAGUGCCUCCAUUAUCUACUGCUUCAGGAGUCUUCUAAAAUCUCCUGCGUGUCCCCUCCCACAGUAAGGCCAUACUUUGAUUCUUCAGUUAAGCAUUGUUUAUCUAAACGAUCCCUUAUUUUCCCUACAUUGAAAGCCCCGAGAAACUGACCUACAAUUGAAGUCACAUUGACCGAACGAUGCUUUGACAUUAACAUUUUAUCUACGUUCCCAAAAACAGGUAUUCCAUUACGCUGUCUUAAGACUAAGGCACCUCUAAAUCUUCCAAUUUCCUAGAGCUGGUAUACUCCAGUAUUUUUCUUUCCAAUAUAAGCUAAAAUAUUGGGAAUUGAAAAUACGUUAACACCAGAUAUAGUUUCAGUUAUUGUAAUUUUUCAAUACUGAUAUAAUGACAGGGUGUGUGUGUGUGUGUGUGUGUGUGUGUGUGUGUGUGUGCGUGUAAGAGAGGCAGGCUGCAUGCAUUGUAUUAACGUGUGCAUUGCGGGUUUGGGGAGUGACUAAUAUUGGCAAGAGGUGAUCAAUGGUGGUGUGGAGGCCUGUGGGGGCGCGGCCACCUGAGGAGAGCCGCCAGGUUAUGUGCUUAAAGGUGCCUGGCGGGGUGGGGCGGGGCGGGGUGGGGCGGGACAGGAUGACGCUGAGUGACCGCAGCGAGGUAUGAAGUGGGAGUUUAUAGUUUGGUGACAGAGAAAGGGGUUAUUAGUAGAUGAAAUACCCGGUGCAAGAACGUAAAAGUAGCCUUGUUGAUGACAGGAAAUACAAAGGAUAAAGGAGGUUACAAUGAGACAGGAAGAGAUGGCUGGCUGUGAUAGAACAGUGCUGGUGUGUGGAGGGUGGAGGUCAGAUCAAAGGGUACAGUGGCAUUGCGGUGCUGGUCGGAAAAUGGAACGGCUGGGACAGGAGACGGAAUUUCAGAUGAGAGGGGACACGUCGAAUGGGACAGGAGAUAAGGAGGAAGAAGCAAGAGGGAAUGGAGGUCAGGCCAGAUGAGAGACAGUGAGACGACCAAUGUAUCAGGCACUCCAGUCAUCAACUCUCAUGAAAUUAAGACGAUUGAUUUCCAGACUAGAAUUUUGAUUUACUGAUCCUCAAUCUCUGAUCCGGUACUCAGUCAUGGAUAUUAGAAUAACGAGGCAAGAAAGUUCACAUGUUUAAUGCCAGGUAAACGAAUGACAACCUACGCAGGAAAACUUGAAGAAAAGGUCUUUUUCAUUUCAUUAUUUUAUUUAGAGGCACAUGCAUGACCAACAUGACUGCAACAUUUAAUUCCAUGGUGCUGAACGCUUUGUUAAAUCCUAAGUCUUCUAAUAUGAUGAAAAUCUGUCAGUUGUCAGGUUUUAUAAGUGUUUUUUCUCUGAUUCUCCUCUUUUUAUUUACCUCCUUCCAGCUCGUCAGACUCUUCCUUCUAAAGAUUCGGACAACUUUUUGUUUGAUUUCAGUGAUUUUCGUGAUGGAUUCCAAUCAUUAUUGUCUCCCAGUUGUUAUUGUUUUUUUAUCAUUCACAUUCUCCAGGCCGAUGGAAAGCUGGUACCAAUCAUUUCAUUGAUUGAUAAAAAUACAGAUCUCGUGCAAAGAAAAAAAAAGUCAGUAUCAUUUUGUUUCGUGCAUAGAUAAAUACACACAAAGAAACUCAGAACAGCGGACAAAAUGUUUACAACUGUUCGUGUCCACUGUUGGAGCUGAAUGGCAAAGAAUGUCACAUAAAUAGUUGCAAGGGAAGAUCAGCUUAGGAAAUAUCAUGUGUCUCUCUCUCUCUCUCUCUCUCUCUCUCUCUCUCUCUCUCUCUCUCUCUCUCUCUCUCUCUCUCUCUCUCUCUGUCUCUCUACAUUACCACAGCCACAGGGAUUCUUAACCACAACACAGUCUCAUCUAUCCUUCAUCACUACUGUUACGUCCCUUUGGCAUCACCUCAAGAGAAAUAAACAAGAUUUUUUUUUUUUCGCCUACAUUCGAGUCACCUACUAUUUAUAUUUUAACUUCCCUAUCUUUUUUAUUUCUUUGGAAGACUUUGUUCUCCUCAAAAGAAACACAGUCACUGAACAUCAAAUAAAUAAUUUUUCCUGAAGGUAUAUUCCCCCCCACUCCACACACUAUAAGAAGUAACACAACAGGUCCUACACAAAUAAAGUAAAUGUACGGCGAUAAAUCGUGUGAGAGAAACAAAUAAAUGAUGAUGAUGAGAGGAGAAGUCCAAACACAAACUUAUUAUGGGUAGUAAGAUGGUGGUAGCCUCUGGGCCUCCAAGACUAACUGUGUGUGUGUGUGUGUGUACACUGGAAACACACUGGUAUUUUCUUGGAAGUGAUCUGUCCUCUCCCAAUCCCCCCCCUUUUCUCUCUCUCUCUCUCUCUCUCUCUCUCUCUCUCUCUCUCUCUCUCUCUCUCUCUCUCUCUCUCUCUCUCUCUCUCUCUCUCAGACUAACCUAAAUUAAGAUUAUUGGAAAACUUGCUAAACAACCUGAAAGGCAGCAAACAGCCACUCUUUGCAUUUUCUUGAGCUCGGUCUUUCGUUCAUCCCGUCCCCGCGCCACGAAGACAGACAGAAGCGAAAGACAACUAGACCACUGGAGAAAAAGAUAAUGUGGUAUAAUGCAAGACACCAAAAGACAACAUGAAUACAGGAUGUGGGACAGGCGCUGCGACACCCCCUUUAGGGCAUUAAUAUACAUACAAAAGAGAGAAAACUUUGCAUGUACCAUUGACUAUGCAACGAUACGACAGCGCACUGAGAAAACACCCGCAGGAAAGCAAAGGCAAGACAGCACGCAAGGACGAAAAUACAGCAGGGUAUAUAAAGUAAAAUAGAGGAAUUAUCGUAACAUCAGUACGUGUAACUAUAAGAAUAUACGAAAACGCACUAAGUAACCUGGCCAUCACCAAACACAACCGCUAUACGACAGAAAAAGAUGUGCAAUAGGAAUCAGAGUACUAUGGAAAUAAAGGCAGAUGAAUAAAGUGAUGACCAAUGAAACUUCCCUCUGGUGUCAGUCUUAAAAUUGACGAUGUAAAUUCCUCCAGAUGGUUUCUGCACAAGAGAGAGACCAUAUUUUGCAUGUUUGUAUUUUUGUUGUUUGUAUAUUCCCUUUCAGGUUAAACGCUCAAGGUCAUUUCAUGCAACACCAACAAAAAAAAAACAAAAAAAAAACGCAGUGUUAGUUAAAAAUCUGACUGAAUUAUUCCUACUUAAUUUCAAUGUAAACUUUCCGCAGCUCUCCUUGUUACAGCAGCCAUAGCGUUCUUGCUCAGUUUCCCUCCUUGAUCAUUAGUGAAGGAAGCACACUUGUUGCCCUCCAUGUUCCUCAACUGACUUUUUUUUUCUGUGGAAACAAACUUCGACAAGAGUAUUUGCGAUGUACAAGCGGCCUUUUUGGUGUAGCUUCAAUGUAGGUAUCGGUGCAAUUUCCUUUUUUAUCUUUUGCUUCUUUCUUAUUCCCCACCAUUCACAUUUCCCUGUUUGUGUGUGUGUGUGUGUGUGUGUGUGUGUGUGUGUGUGUGUGUGUGUGUGUGUGUGUGUGUGUGUGUGUGUGUGUGUGUGUGUGUGUGUGUGUGUGUGCCGUGGCUGCGGUUAAUUUGUUUAUAAUUUUUCUCUUCCUAUAAUUUUCGCCAUUCUUUUAUUUCCCAUUCCUCCCUUCAUUUCUUUUCUCAUCUCUUCCUGGCUUCUUGGAUCGCGUAUGUAUAUAUGUGUGUGUGUGUGUGUAUGUGUCGAACUUUAAACUUAUACGGAAGAUACAGACGGUAUGCGCUAUCAGAUAAAAAAAAAAAAAAAAAAAAAAAAAAAACAAUAAAUAGAAAACAACACGCCAAAAUCCAGAUACAGCUUUGGAUAUCCAGUCAAAGCAAACCACAAUAAUUCUCUUCUCACUGUCCUUCUGCUGCCGGCACCUCCUACACCUAGCGCCACCUUCUUAUGUCCCUCACUUAACAUUAGCAUCAUCGUCCUUCCUCCGCAGGCUCAUAACACAUAACAGAGCGAGGGCAUUAAUCAAGCCAAUCCCUCUCAGUGUGACAACUCGAUAAUUACCUCACCAUAAACCCCAUUAAGUCUCUGCAGCUGCUGAUAAUUAGCUUUCGAUAAUUAGUUUCACACCCAACCAAUUCAUUAAAGAAAAUGGGGUGAUGGGGAUCGGGAAAGAGGUAGGCGGGAAGCGGGAGGAAGAGAGAGAGAGAGAGAGAGAGAGGAACAGGGGGGCCAGAGAGAGGGAAAGAGAAAGCGUAGGGCGGGGAGGAAAGCUAUAUAAGCAUUUGACAAGGUACCCCAUCAAAGGCUCCUGAGAAAGGUUAGGGCACACGGGAUAGAUGGGAAGGUGUUAGGCUGGAUAGAGUCAUGGCUUAGUGACAGGCGGCAGAGAGUGGUAAUAAACGGCUCGAAAUCCGAGUGGGGUCAUGUAAUUAGUGGGGUGCCACAGGGAUCAGUAUUAGGGCCAUUGUUAUUUCUAAUGUAUAUCAAUGACUUGGAUAGUGGAAUUAGUAGUGAUGUUAGUAAAUUUGCAGAUGACACAAAGAUAGGUAGAUUAAUUAGGUCAGAAUCGGAUGCCAUCGCCUUGCAGGCAGACUUAGAUAGAAUGAAUGAAUGGACGGAUAGAUGGCAAAUGCAAUUUAAUAUCAAUAAAUGCAAAGUGCUUAGCGUAGGUAUAGGAAACCCACACAAUAGGUACACAUUAGACAACCAAACUCUGGUAGGUACAGGGUACGAGAAAGAUUUAGGAGUUAUAGUUAGCUCUGAACUCCGUCUAGGGAAGCAAUGCAUAGAAGCCAGAAACAAGGCAAAUAGGGUACUAGGAUUUAUUUUUAGGAGUGUUAAAAGUAGAAGGCCGGGAGUAAUAUUAAAGUUAUACUUGGCGCUGGUCAGACCUCAUCUAGACUACGCGGUGCAGUUCUGGUCCCCACAUUACAGGAAAGAUAUAGGUCUAUUAGAAUCAGUACAGAGGAGAAUGACUAAAAGGAUACAGGGGAUGAGGAGUAUUCCUUACGAGGCGAGGUUGAAGCUGUUACAUUUACAUUCUCUAGAGAGACGUAGGUUAAGAGGGGACCUGAUAGAAGUCUUUAAGUGGUAUAAGGGUUAUAACAAGGGAGAUGUAAGAAAAAUUCUUAGGAUCAGCAACCAGGGUAGAACAAGAAAUAACGGGUUCAAGCUUGAAAAAUUUAGGUUUAGGAAGGAGAUAGGGAAAAAUUGGUUCUCAAAUAGAGUAGUAGACGAGUGGAACGGACUCAGUAAUCAUGUAGUUAGUGCUAGGACACUAGAGAGCUUUAAGAGAAGAUUAGACAAGUUUAUGGAUGGGGAUAACAGAUGGAAAUAGGUAGGUGUGUUUCAUACAGGGACUGCCACGUGUAAGCCUGGUCGCUUCUUGCAGCUUCCCUUAUUUCUUAUGUUCU